AUGGAUCAAACAGGAAACCAGAAGCAGAAGCAAUCACUGAGUCAGUUCAUAGAAACUCAGUUCCAUAGAAAGCUGACUCAGUUGCUUCUUUCAGUUUCUGUUUUUUCCUUGUUUUUUUCUCACUUAUAUUGCCUUUCCUUGUUCCAUUCCUUUAGCUUCACUUUCCAUAACACACUUGCUUUCAAGUUUAUUAGCCAUAACAUAGAUAAAAACUUCAUAUUCCUUCUUUGCAAUGGCCUCCUUGUUUUCGUUGCAAAAUUUUCUGGACUCGUUAGUUCUUCAUCACAGCAUAGUAAUCUUAGUGAUUAUCACUAUAAUCAUCAGUCUUUCAAAAGCUAUACAUACAUCCCUCAAACUGAGUCGACCCACUUGGACACCUCAACACCAUUGUUGGACUUGGAGAAGGAAGAAAAUGCUGGUUUUGUUGAAGAAGAGGCAAAAGGGUCAUCAAUUGAUGAACCUUUUGUUGAAGACAAUGAAGAAAGUGAAACUUAUGAACCAGAAGAAGAAGAAGAAGAAGAAGAUAUUGAAGAAAGUGAAAACUAUCAACCAGAAGAAGAAGAAGAAGAAGAAGAAGAAUUAAUGGAAGGAAACAAUGUGUUAAGUACUGAAGAGAUGAACAAAAGAUUUGAAGAAUUUAUCAGAAAAAUGAAGGAAGGAUUAAGGAUCGAAGCUCAACAACAAUUAGUCAUGGUUUAA